CACAAAGCAAAGAGAAAAGAACGUACAACAAGAAAGUUAAGGAAAAACUAUAGCAAAUUUGUCUUUAUUUAAAAAAAGGCGAUAAAACGUGAAGUGAAUUGUUUUUAAUAAAUUGUACAUAGAACGGAGUGAAUAAAAUUAACUUAAUUAUUUUAAUUUAAUAUAAAUCAAACACAGACACACUCAAUAUGAGAUUAUUUGUCUUAUUGGCUGUAGUGGCCUUUGUUGGCCUGUCUCUUGGAGACGAGAAAAAGGAUAAGGAUAUUGGCACAGUCAUUGGUAUUGAUUUGGGUACCACCUACUCAUGUGUUGGUGUAUACAAAAACGGUCGUGUAGAAAUUAUUGCCAACGAUCAAGGUAAUCGUAUUACUCCCUCUUAUGUUGCCUUUACUGCCGAUGGUGAACGUUUGAUUGGUGAUGCUGCCAAGAAUCAAUUGACCACCAAUCCUGAAAAUACCGUAUUCGAUGCUAAACGUUUGAUUGGUCGUGAAUGGAAUGACAACCAUGUUCAACAUGAUAUUAAAUUCUUCCCCUUCAAGGUUAUUGAAAAGAACUCGAAACCCCAUAUUGCCGUCGAAACAUCUCAAGGUAAAAAGGUCUUCGCUCCUGAAGAAAUCUCCGCUAUGGUUUUGGGUAAAAUGAAGGAAACCGCUGAAGCCUACUUGGGCAAGAAGGUUACUCAUGCUGUUGUCACUGUACCCGCUUACUUUAAUGAUGCUCAACGUCAAGCUACCAAGGAUGCUGGCGUCAUUGCUGGUUUGAAUGUUAUGCGUAUCAUUAACGAGCCCACAGCCGCUGCUAUUGCUUACGGUUUGGACAAGAAGGAGGGUGAAAAGAAUGUGUUGGUCUUCGAUUUGGGUGGCGGUACCUUCGAUGUAUCCUUGUUGACCAUCGAUAACGGUGUCUUUGAAGUAGUUGCCACCAACGGUGACACUCAUUUGGGUGGUGAAGAUUUCGAUCAACGUGUUAUGGAUCAUUUCAUCAAGUUGUACAAGAAGAAGAAGGGCAAGGAUAUCCGCAAGGACAACCGUGCUGUUCAGAAAUUGCGUCGUGAAGUUGAAAAGGCUAAGCGUGCCUUGUCCAGUGCCCAUCAAGUUCGUAUUGAAAUUGAAUCGUUCUUCGAAGGUGAUGACUUCUCCGAAACUUUGACUCGUGCCAAAUUCGAAGAAUUGAACAUGGAUUUGUUCCGUUCCACUUUGAAACCCGUACAAAAGGUAAUGGAAGAUGCCGAUAUGAACAAAAAAGAUGUCCAUGAAAUUGUUUUGGUUGGUGGUUCCACCCGUAUUCCCAAGGUACAACAAUUGGUUAAAGACUUCUUCGGUGGCAAGGAACCUUCUCGUGGCAUUAACCCCGAUGAAGCUGUUGCUUAUGGUGCUGCUGUCCAAGCUGGUGUACUCUCUGGUGAACAGGAUACCGAUGCCAUUGUCUUGCUCGAUGUCAACCCAUUGACCAUGGGUAUCGAAACUGUCGGCGGUGUAAUGACAAAAUUGAUUCCUCGCAACACUGUCAUCCCCACCAAGAAGUCUCAAAUCUUCUCCACUGCUUCUGAUAACCAACACACUGUCACCAUUCAAGUAUUUGAAGGUGAACGUCCCAUGACCAAAGAUAACCAUUUGUUGGGUAAAUUCGAUCUUACUGGCAUUCCUCCAGCACCUCGUGGCAUUCCACAAAUUGAAGUCAGUUUCGAAAUUGAUGCCAACGGUAUCCUCCAAGUAAGUGCUGAAGAUAAGGGCACCGGCAACAAGGAAAAGAUUGUGAUCACCAACGAUCAAAACCGUCUCACCCCCGAAGACAUUGAGCGUAUGAUUGGUGAUGCUGAGAAAUUCGCCGAUGAAGACAAGAAACUUAAAGAAAAGGUUGAAUCUCGCAACGAAUUGGAAUCUUAUGCCUACAGUCUUAAGAACCAAAUCGGCGAUAAGGAAAAACUCGGUGCUAAAUUGAGUGAAGACGAAAAGGUUAAAAUGGAAUCCGCCAUCGAUGAAUCGAUUAAAUGGUUGGAACAAAACGCCGAUGCUGAUCCCGAGGAGUACAAGAAACAAAAGAAAGACUUGGAAGCCAUUGUCCAACCUAUCAUUGCUAAAUUGUAUCAAGGCGCUGGUGGUGCUCCACCCACAGACGGUGAAGACAACGAGGACUUGAAGGAUGAACUGUAAAUUGUUGUCGUAUAAUUGUCGUUCGGCGAUUUAAGUUCUAGUUCUAGUUUAGUUGUAGUUCGCAGUUUAGUUAAAAUGAAACAAACAAGCAGACUGAUACACAUUUAAUAAAUCGUAAAAUAUAUUUGUGUUAAUUUCAAAAACAAAAAGAAAAAACAUUAAAACAAAAUAUUUAUUACAUCAAAGACAACAA